CCACGAACCUUCUUCAACGAAGUCAGUUGACAGCGUCACACACCAAUCUCAAUCGCACUUCAACACGCGAGCCGUGGACACGAGAGAGACAGAGAAACCGGCAAAUCGCCCCAAUAAUCUCGGCAGUCCAGUUCCGCUUCUGAUCUGAACUCUCGUCCCCUCGCUCCCCGCCGCCACCACAGCAGUUGAACACGAGCGCGAUGUGGGGGCUAGGGUUUAGGUGGCUGCUGCUGCUGCUGCUGGCGUUCGCGGCGGCGGUGGAGCUGGAGGCGCGGUUUGUGGUGGAGAAGAACAGCCUGAUGGUCACGUCGCCGACAGCUCUGCGGGGGCGGCACGAUAGCGCCAUAGGCAACUUCGGCAUCCCGCAGUACGGCGGGAGCAUGGCUGGUGCCGUCGUCUAUCCCAAGGGCAACUCAGACGCCUGCGAGGCCUUCAACAGCGGCAGGAAGGAGCACCUCUUCCGCACCAAGCCUGGAGCGCUCCCCAGCUUCCUUCUCAUAGACCGCGGAAGGGAAGGUGGUGUGUUGUCUUUCUUGCUGGUUUCUCUUUGGCAGAAGUACCCUCAACAGGAUGCGUGUAUCACCGUGGAGACGGCGAGACCUUUGUCGGCUACAGUGACUCGGACCACGCCGGUGACGUGGACUCCAGAAAGCACCUCAGGCGUGCUGUUUUCUCUCGGGAGCAGUCCAAUGAGCUGGAAAUCACAUAAGCAGAAGGUCGUCGCCACCUCUUCGUGUGAAGCCGUGUACAUUGCAGCGGCGACAGCGGCGUGCCAAGGGAUCUGGUUGGCUUGUCUUCUCGGCGAGCUACUAAAGCGAGAUGCUGCCCCUGCGAUCCUCUACGUUGACAACAAGUCCGCCAUCUCGCUGUGCAAAAAUCCGGUACUUCACGACCACAGCAAGCACAUUGAUGCUACCACUUCAUACGGGACUGUGUGUCGAGAAGGGCAUGGUGGCUGUGGAGUUCAUUGGAACCAGCGAGCAAAAGGCGGACAUUCUGACAAAGCCUCUUGGUCGUGUACGCUUCCAGGACCUGCGCGGCAAGAUUGCUUGUUUGCUAAGAAGGUCUGGAAUGCACAAUAUGCUGGUGCCUCAGCAGUGCUUGUAGUUGAUGACAAGGAUGAGCCACUGAUAACAAUGGACUUACUUCAGGAAGAUGAUGAGGCUGCAAAAUAUAUACAGAACAUAUCCAUUCCUUCUGCUUUAAUUGAUAAGAAAUUUGGAGAACAAUUGAAGAAGGCUGUUAAAGAUGGUGAAAUGGUAAACGUGAAUCUUGAUUGGAGGGAGGCUGUCCCACAUCCUGAUAACCGAGUUGAGUAUGAGUUGUGGACAAAUAGCAAUGAUGAAUGUGGGCCUAAAUGUGAUAUGCUUAUGCAUUUUCUGAAGGAAUUUAAGGGAGCUGCGCAGUUACUUGAAAAAGGUGGUUAUAGUCAGUUCACACCCCAUUAUAUUACUUGGUAUUGCCCUCAAGCAUUUGUUGUCAGCAAACAAUGCAAGUCCCAGUGUAUAAACCAUGGAAGGUAUUGUGCACCUGAUCCAGAACAAGAUUUUAGUACUGGCUAUGAUGGAAAAGAUGUUGUUGUAGAGAACUUGAGACAGCUUUGUGUGUUUAAUGUUGCAAAUGAGAUAAAAAAACCAUGGAUCUGGUGGGAUUAUGUGACUGAUUUUCACAUAAGGUGCCCAAUGAAGGAGAAGAAGUAUAACAAAAAGUGCGCAGAAACAGUCAUUAAAUCACUAGGUUUGGAAGUGAAGAAGAUUGAUAAGUGCAUGGGAGAUUCAAAUGAUGAUUCUGACCACCCUUUACUAAAAAUGGAGCAGGACUCUCAGAUUGGGAAAGGGUCAAGAGGAGAUGUUACCAUAUUGCCUACUCUUGUUGUGAACAAUCGACAAUAUCGAGGAAAGCUAGGAAGGAAAGCUGUCCUCAAAGCUAUUUGUGCUGGCUUUGAGGAAACUACUGAGCCAAAUGUUUGUCUGAGUGAUGACAUGGAAACAAACGAGUGUCUGAGCGAUAAUGGAGGUUGCUGGCAAGACAACGCUGCUAAUGUAACAGCUUGUAGGGACACUUUUCGUGGCAGAGUGUGUGAAUGCCCCACAUUCAAUGGCGUGCAAUUUAAAGGAGAUGGCUACAGCAACUGUGAACGAAGAUGGAUGCUCAUUUUGGUUUUGGGAAGGCGAAUACAUUGAUUUAUUGAUAGAAAGAAACUUAAUAGAUGUUGGUGCACUCCUUAGUAGAAUCGAAGGCAAUGAUGCGGCUGCAUGUGCAACUAGAGGGGAAGCAACGUCUACUUCUUUCGAACCAAAGAUGAAGAAAGAAGAAUGCAAAAUCAAGAAUCCGUAGAUAAACAAUGAAUGCAUGGAGAAGAUAUUAGUCCAACUUGUGGGAGCAGUUAUGGAAGUUGGAAAUCUUCUAAAAUGCAUACUUGUGGUUCUUGUUUUCUUUGGUCUUGCUAUUCUAGCAAAGAUUUGGUGAUGUCUAUGUAUCCAAUGUUGUCGAAAAAGCAAAGAAAUGCAUUAUGCUAGAUCAAAUUAAGAUGCAAAUUUAGUUUUUUCGGGCCGGGAGGAGUUACGCCAGAUCAGACCCCGCAAAGCCGACCCGUAAAAAAGCAUAUUCCGUGAAUAUACCUUUUUACGGGUCCAUUAUGCGGGGUUUGCAACUGCGGCCAUCCGCUUCGGCCCGCAAAGGCGUUUUUCCGCGAACUGCAAACACGUUUUGCGAGCCGGACAGAUGCGGGGUCUGCUAGAGUUGCUCUAAGUCUACUUGCUAGCUUCAUUUUAUUCAGUUAAGGUCUUAUAAAUUUGUAUGGCGAUGGCCAUGCUUGAAGGUGACAUAAUAUGCCUAUUAAGACCCGAAGAUAUAAAAAAACUGGCGCCUUGGUGGGUUAGGUGCAUGCAAUUGUGCACCUCUAGCUAACUGUCCAACUCCCAGUUUAUGAAACCCAAAUCAUAUAGUAUUAUUUCAUGGAAAUACGAUAUAUUCCUACAGU